UGUUCGUUGUACUUAUUUAACAACUAGUUCAAUUAUGUGGCAGCUUUUUAAGAACAGAAAUCACCGCCUAUUCAACAACCAGUUAACUAUCUGGCAACUCAGUAUGCAAAAAAAUCAUCGCAUAUUCAAAAGCCAAAUUAAUCGCCGCAUAUCGCCGAAAAAAGUUUAUCGAUGUGUCGCGUCAUUGUUUUGUUUUGGGCACCUCAUCAAGAACCAACACACAUUUAUUAAUAAUUUAGACAAUAAAAUGGGAUUCCUAUUCAUACUUAGUUGGAUAUCCCUGGCAUUACAGAUCAUCUUCUUGACACUCUCCAUAGUUGCUGGACUUUAUUAUCUGGCUGAAUUGGCCGAGGAAUAUACAACGUCAACGCGUCGUUUUAUAUUGUUUAUGAUCAGUUUCACGAUAUUCGUGUACAUCAUGUUGAUCUUCUUCGAGGACUUCUCGUGGACGAUGAUGGUGUGCGGUUUGCUGGCGCAGGCAUUUCAUUUUAGUAUUAUGACUAGUUUUCCAUUUAUACGAUUGCUGUCGCUGCCAUUUAUUGGCUCGCUGGUAAUGCUGGUGGUAAAUCAUCUGCUCGCCUUUCAGUAUUUCACUAGCGUCUAUGUGCCCUUUACGCAGGUGCUUGCCUAUUUUACAAUCUGCAUGUGGAUGGUUCCCUUUGCACUGUUCGUUUCGGUCAGUGCCAAUGACAAUGUGUUGCCCACGACAAUUGGCCUGAAUGAGCGAAGAUUGGGCAGCAGUAAUCCGGAUGUGGUCAGUAAUUAUUUCUCGGGAAACAAAAAGCUUGGCUUACUUUCGCUGUUUAACUAUGUGAAGGACACGCUACUGCCAGGACGUAGCAAGAAAUCGUUUUAAGAGAGAGAAAGCUAAUCAAUUUAUUGUAAAAAAAAUUUAA